AGAUCUGUUUGUGGGUGGUCGGAGGAAGAGAAAAUGAUUCAGCUGGGCGCAAAAACGCCUCCGAAUACCUCGAGCCAGGGGAAAUACAACGUCGUGCACCCCUAUGCAAAUGAACUCUUGAUAUGUUAUCUUGACAACAUAACAAUUUCAAACAAUACCUGGCAAAUUGUGAAUCCCUUGGUGAAAUCCCUGCCUAUCUUUUUCACCCAAAUUUGCCCUGUCAUUUUCCUCAUUCGCCUCUUCAUGCUCCUCCUCAAACCUGCUCGUCAACCUCGAUUCAUGGCUGAGCUCCUGACUUCGAUUCUGAUUGGUCGUUCGGUACUUGGACUUUGGUCAGAAGCGAGCGACGCACUUAACCCUUUUGAAGGAGCAGCGUUGGUGGAGGUGGUGGCGAAUUUAGGACUCACUUACUACAUGUUUGUGGUUGGUCUGGAAAUGGACUUGACCCCUGUAUGGAACAGCGGAAAGGUGGCUUUCUAUGUGGCGCUUUCUGGUGUUGUUGCUCCGUUGCUUCUAGGCCCGUUCAUGGUUUCUUUGCUAAGGGGGAGUUUCAAAGGGGAGCAAGAAGUGCCUGCUGAAGCUUCCUUGUUCUGGUCCAUUGCACUCACCGUUACAAGCUUCCCCGAUCUUGCUCGAAUCCUUUCAGACCUCAAACUUCUCCACACCGAUCUUGGAAAGAUGGCAUUAACUGCUGCCGUCAUGACCGAUAUUACUUCUUGGGCUCUUCUUGUAAUCGCCGUUUCUUCCAUCAAUGGACAGAAAAAAAUAUUCAUGAUUUUACCAACUUUAGCGUUCAUAUUUGUCUUCUGGGUAGUCCUACGUCCGUUUCUCAGCUUGGUAUUUCGUUUAACAACAUCAAAGACAAAAGAAGCAACAUUCGUUGAAGGAAGGUAUAGCGACACGCAUGUAAUCUUCAUCCUUGCUGCAGUACCCUUAUUCGGAUGCCUCACUGACUUAUGUGGGUCGCAUUCCAUGAUCGGAGCAUUUUUGUUUGGACUCAUCAUUCCUCCCGGCGAGCUAGGUACCAAGGUAAUGGACAAGAUUGAGGAGUACGUGGUAGGGAUUAUGCUACCCCCAGUCUUCUUGACCACCGGGUUUAGAACAAAUAUGGGAUCUAUGUUAACAGGAUAUAAUCCCGGUCUGAUGUGCCUGGCUAUAAUCUUUAAUAUUUUUAUCAAACCUCUUUCUACUCUCCUCGUUUCUACAUUCUUAGGAAGCAGCAUUCGGGACAGCUUAGCUCUUGCAGUGCUUAUGAACACCAAAGGUGUUCUCUCCAUUAUUAUUCUCAACGAAGGUCGAAAUUUGAAGGGUUUUGAUCAACAAACUUUUGCCGCAAUGGUUGUGUCUAUUUUCCUAAUGACGGGGAUGGUUGGUCCGAUUGUCAGUCUAACUUACAAAUCAACCAGAAACGCCAAGCGCAUGUUAGUUAGAAGCCUAGAGAAAAGUAGGCAAGACUCGGAGCUUCGGCUUCUUCUUGGUGUUCACUCUUCCACAAACGUUUCCAGCCUACUCAACAUCUUGCAAAUUUCAAACGCUCAAAGAAAAUCUCCAGUCACGGUGUUUGCCGUCCAUCUUGUCGAGCUUACCGGACGGGCUUCCGCCAUGCUCAUUUUCCACGACUGUAGGGCACCGAAGACCACCCUAGAGGGCAACAACACCGGCAUGACACGAGAAAAAGCCGAAGCUGAGGAAAUCAUCAGUGCCUUUGAAUCUUUCGAGAGAGAUAACCUGGCCGUGUCUAUUCAGCCCCUUACAGCCGUGUCCUCUUAUGCUUCCAUGCACGAGGACAUGAGCAACUUUGCCUUGGACAAGGGCGUCACGCUCAUUCUCCUUCCGUUCCACAAGGAACCCACAGCGGACGGUGGAUGGAAGGACGACAACCUUCAACACAGACAAGUUAACCAGAAUCUUUUGUCCUCUGCGCCUUGCUCUGUUGGCAUAUUUGUGGACCGUGGCCUGAAUUUGAACUUUGCCCCACAAGAAGAGUCGGUAUCGUCGUCCCACCACCAUCAUGGUCUUAUUAUGAACAACAACGUUUGCCGCAUUGGCAUGCUGUUUAUCGGAGGACCAGACGAUCGGGAAGCAUUAGCCUAUGCAUGGAGGAUGGCGGGGUGCCAUCAAGAUCAUGUAACUCUAACGGUUGUGAGAUUUUUACAAGGAGAAGAUAUGGCAGAAUUGAUGCCUACAGAAAGCUUCUCCAAUGGAAGAGAUCAUCCAUCAGGGAUUUUCACAGCAAUGAUGGAGAGUGAAAGGGAGCAACAACUGGACGCAGAUUACAUCAACGAGUUCAGGUUUAGAACAAUGUACGAUAAGUCCAUAACCUUCAUCGAGAAACAGGUGAAUUCUGCAGAGCAAACCGUGUCGGCUGUAGUAAAUGAUCACAAUGACUUUGACUUGUACGUGGUGGGGAGAGGGGAAGGAUUUGCAUCCCCAUUGACAGCAGGACUAUCAGAUUGGAGCGAGUAUCCAGAGUUAGGAGUGAUAGGGGAAGCAUUAAUUUCAUCUGAAUUUGUAUCACAAGCGUCGGUGCUGGUGGUGCAACAGUCUCCUCCUGUCCGAACUAAUAAUGGGUCUAAGAAAAACAGGGUCUUCUUAGAUCAGGGAUCGGAUCAGACCUUCGUUAAUCAUAGGAAUAAGGAUGAUGAUUAUUAAUUUUAAUUUAGUAAAUAUAUGUACAUUUAAUGUUGACAUUUGAUCCAGUUUGUAUUUUUCCAUACAAUAAAUAUCAUACAUAUAU